UUUACUAACAAUUUGCUGGAGCAAGCUCAGAAGAUCUAAGUUGAUAAAUAAAGCAGAGAUGGUAAAUAAAACACAAUGGGCGGCUGGGCCCGGAGGCUGGGACUUCACUCCUCGCAUCGCGGGAGGAGCAGCCCAGUUCCAUCAGUUGCAGCGCCACCGCGCCUGGGCCUGAGCGACGAUGAGCGGCAGAGUCGGGGACCCGAGUCCCAAACAGAAAGAGGCACUGGCCAAGUUUCAGGGGAAUGUCCAGGGUGUGUUGCCUACCCUGCCGAAUCCAGAUGACCGUUUUCUCCUGCGCUGGCUCCGAGCAAGAAGUUUUGACCUGCAGAAGUCAGAGACCAUGCUACGGAAGCAUGUGGCGUUCCAAAAGCAAAAGGACAUUGAUAACAUCAUUAGCUGGCAGCCUCGAGAGGUGAUCCAGCAGUAUUUAUCGGGGGGCAUGUGCGGCUCUGACCUGGAGGGCAGCCCGGUCUGGUACGAUAUCAUUGGGCCUCUGGAUGCCAAGGGUCUGCUGUUCUCAGCCACCAAGCAGGACCUGCUCAGGACCAAUAUGCGGGACUGCGACCUGCUUCUGCAAGAGUGUGCCCAUCAGACCACAAAGUUGAGGAAGAAAAUAGAGACCAUCACCAUGAUUUAUGACUGUGAAGGCCUUGGCCUUAAGCAUCUCUGGAAGCCUGCAAUAGAAGCCUAUGGAGAGUUUCUCUGCACGUUUGAGGAAAAUUAUCCUGAAACAAUGAAGCAUCUUUUUGUUGUUAAAGCUCCCAAGCUGUUUCCUGUGGCCUAUAACCUCAUCAAACCCUCUGAGGACACUUGCAAGAAGAUCAUGGUCCUGGGAGCAAACUGGAAGGAGGUUUUACUGAAGCAUGUCAGCCCUGACCAGUUGCCUAUGGAAUACGGAGGUACCAUGACUGACCUGGAUGGAAACCCCAAGUGUAAAUCUAAGAUCAACUAUGGGGGCGACACCCCCAAGAAGUAUUACGUGCGAGACCAGGUGAAGCAGCAGUAUGAACACAGCGUGCAGAUUGCCCAGGGCUCCUCCCACCAAGUGGAGUAUGAAAUUCUCUUCCCCAGCUGCAUCCUCAGGUGGCAGUUUAUGUCAGAGGGAGCAGAUGUCGGUUUUGGGAUUUUCCUGAAGACCAAGAUGGGGGAGCAGCAGCGGGCAGGGGAGAUGAUGGAGGUGCUGCCCAACCAGAGGUACAAUUCCCAUCUGGUCCCUGAGGAUGGGACCCUUACAUGCAGCGAUCCUGGCAUCUAUGUCCUGCGGUUUGACAACACCUACAGCUUCAUUCAUGCCAAGAAGGUCAGUUUCACUGUGGAGGUCUUGCUUCCAGACAAAGCCUCAGAAGAGAAGAUGAAUCAGCUGGGGGCAGAGACCUCAAAAUAA